AUGCAGGAACAGGGAAGAGCCGAGAAGUCGUUUGCCAAGUACAACUGUUUGACGUUGUUUAAGAAGUUCUUACUGGUGAACGAUCCCGAUGUUCUGGUCGCACCACCGGGUGUUGAGCUCAUCGAUUUCCUCGAGACCCCGAAUUCACUGCCCCCCAAGAACUGGCAGGCGCAUUUUGUGACAGCCUCGCUUGCCCGGAGCCUCUUUCCCAUUCCUCAUUUGAAUUCGAUAUUUGCAAGUCGGAUCUUUAACUUCUCAGAGUGGCAGGACCUGACAUGUCCAUUGAAUGCAGGAGUUGCUCGGGCCGUGGCGGGGGCGAGAAUAAGUGUCCCCACAAAAUUCAUUGUUGGGGAUAAGGAUGUCGCGUUACAAACAUUCGGAACCAUAAGUUACAUAGAGGGAGAACUCUUCAAGGAACUCGUGCCCAGUCUGCAAGUUUUGGUUAUCUACAGCCACCACGGUCUGCAAGUUCUGGUUAUCUACAGCCACCAUUUUAUCCAGGAGGAGGAGGAGAGGACGGAGCAAGUCACUACUGAGAUCCUGUCCUUCUUCAGUGAGAGAUCAGGGAAUUGA